UUUUCAUCACUUCAUCUCUAUCUGUGUAAACAUAUGUUCUCCUUUAUUAAGAUCUUAGUAAUCUCAUAGUUUGAGUUGUGACACUUCACACUUCUGGGAGAUGAGUAGUGAGACCUUCAGAGUUUUUGUCUAUCUUGUUUGUCUAUCUUAGGGACAGGGUCUGAACACGUAUCUACAUCUGUCUUGGAUCUCAUUCUAUAGACCAGGCUUGCCUUCAGGUCAAUGAGAUCCAUCUGCCUCUGCUUUCUGCAUAGUAGGGUUAAAUGUAUGAGACAAUGGACCCUCUUGCCCCUUUUUUUGUACUUACUGUUCAUUCAGUUUCUCUAAAAUGUACUCAGUAUUAUUGAUCUGCUUCUUUGCCUAUGUCUGUUAAUAGGCAUUUCUCUUGCAAGGACCCAGAAAUUACAGGGGUAAAGCUUCUCUUCAGUUUGCUUCUAAAAUGACUUGGUGAUUACAGUUGAAUGUCUCUGUCAUAGGUUGAGUGUGAAAAGCACCAGAAUUAGACCAGUAUAUUGGUAAAGAAGUAUACAAUUACAAUGUUGUCAGUAUUAUGCUGUCAGUAUUACAUGUGUGGGAUAUUUUAGGGUGCAGUGACCUAUGAUGAUGUGCACAUAAACUUCACUCAGGAAGAAUGGGUCUUGCUGGAUCCUUCUCAGAAGGUGCUCUACAAAGAUGUUAUGCUUGAGACCUACAGGAACCUCACUGCUAUAGGGUACAAAUGGGAAGAACACAAUAUUGAAGAACAUUUUCAAACUUCUAGAAUACAUGGAAGGCAAGAAAGAAGUCAUCCUGGAGAUAAAUCUUAUGAAUAUACUCAAUGCGGUGAAGCCUUUGGAUGUCAAAGACAUCUUCAAAGUCAUGAAAGAAUUCCUGGAGAGGAAUCCUGUGAAUGUAAUCAGUGUAAUAAUCACAGUACUCUUCAAAAUCAUGAACAAAGUCAUACUGAAGAGAGACUAUAUGAAUGUAAUGAAUGUGAUAAAGCCUUUUCAACACAGAGUUAUCUCCAAAUACAUACAAAGACACAUCAUGGGCAGAAACUCUAUGGAUGUAAACAAUGUGGUAAAGCCUUUGCACAUCCUAGUUAUCUCCAGAAACAUGAAAAAACUCAUACUGGAGACAAACCCUAUGAAUGUAAUCAAUGUGGUAAAGCCUUUGCACACCACAGUUACCUGCAAAAACAUGAAGGAACACACACUGGAAAGAAACCCUAUGAAUGUAAACAAUGUGGUAAAGCCUUUGUACAACAGAUUCACCUUCAAGUUCAUGAAAGAAUCCAUACUGGAGAGAAACCCUAUGAAUGUAAUCAGUGUGGUAAAGCCUUUGCAUAUAGCAGUAGUCUUAAAAAACAUGAACUAGUCCAUAUUGGAGAGAAACCCUAUGAAUGUAAUCAGUGUAUAAAACCUUUGCACAUCCCAGAUAUCUCCAGAAACAUGAAAGAACACAUACUGGAGAGAAACCCUAUGCAUGUAAUCAAUGUAGUAAAGCCUUUGCACAUCACAGUUAUCUCCAAAAACACGAAGGAACACACACUGGAGAGAAACCCUAUACAUGUAAACAAUGUGGUAAAGCCUUUGCACAACAGAUUCAUCUUAAAGUUCAUGGAAGAAUUCAUACUGGAGAGAAACCCUAUGUAUGUAAUCAAUGUGGUAAAGCUUUUACACAUCACAGCCAUCUUAAAGUUCAUGGAAGAAUUCAUACUGGAGAGAAACCCUAUGAAUGUAACCAAUGUGGUAAAGCCUUUGCAUAUAGCAGUAGUCUUCAAAUACAUGAAAUAAUCCACAGUGCAGAGAAACCCUAUGAAUGUAAUCAAUGUGAUAAAGCCUUUGCACAUCAGAGUUAUCUCCAGAAACAUGAAAGAACACACACUGGAGAGAAACCCUAUACAUGUA